AUGAAUAUCACUGAGCUUCUGUUACAGGAAAAAUUGCAUUUCUGCUUCAAAUCAACCAACAUUUCAUGUCCUAAAAAUAUUAGAUCUUCUGGAGCCUAUGCUGCAUUAUAUCUGUUUUUUUCAACUGGAACACUUAUAACAAUAUGUGGAAAUCUGCUAGUGAUCAUCUCUGUUUCUCAUUUCAAGCAGCUACAUACCCCAACCAACUUUCUGGUACUCUCUCUUGCCAUUACUGAUUUUCUUCUUGGGGUAUGUGUGAUGCCAAUUAGCAUGGUAAGAACCGUUGAAACAUGUUGGUACUUUGGGAACACAGUUUGUGUCAUUCACUCAUAUUUUGACUUUGCACUAUGCACAAUUUCAAUUUGUCAUUUAAUAUUCAUAUCUAUAGAUCGUUAUCAGGCUGUUUGUAACCCUUUAUUUUACUCUUCAAAAAUAACUGUGUAUGUAGCAUUGAUUUUCAUUUUUGUAGGUUGGGCUGUACCAGUAAUUUACACAGCAGGACUAUUUUACUUUAAAGGAAAUUUAGAAGGUAAUGAGUAUUAUGAUCCUUGCCCUGGAGAUUGUUUAGUUUUGUUAAACUCACUUUGGGGUGUACUUGACACUUUGCUUACUUUUUUUGUCCCUUGUUUAAUAAUGUUAAACGUUUAUGGAAAAAUUUUUAUGGUUGCAAAACAACAUGCAAUAGCAAUUAGGUCUAUAACAAAUUGCCCAGUGAAUGAAAAAAAACAGAUAACCAUGCAAAAUAAAGAAAGGAAAGCUACUAAAACUCUAGGUAUUGUGAUGGGAGUUUUUUGUUUGUGUUGGUUGCCAUUCUUUGUCAAUAAUCUUAUAGCACCUUACAUAAGUUUAGUUACUCCACCAAUAAUAGUGGAUGCCUUUGGAUGGCUAGGCUAUUUUAAUUCUGGAUUUAACCCAAUUAUAUAUGGCUUUUUUUAUCCUUGGUUCCGAAAAGCGUUAAAAAUAAUUUAUACCCUUGAAAUAUUUAAAUCAGAUUCAUCUUUAAUUAAGCUGUUUCCAGACAUUUAG